AUGGACCUCCGCACCCGCCUCGGCAUAACAGCCUCCACGCCCCAACUCGCGACCUACCUCCUCAGCACCUCGCUCUUCAGCAUCUCCUUCCUCGUCUUCCUGAACGCUUCGAUCUCCUUCCUCCUAACCUCGCGCCUGGGCCUGCGGCACGAUGUCGGGAACAAAGUCGGGACGCUGGGCUUCGUCGACGAGCUGGUGGCGCUGGUCGCAUGUCCGGCUUGGGGCGUGCUGAGCGACAGAGUCGGCGUCAGGUGGGUGAGUGUUGUUGGGUACGCGAUUGUGGGGCUGGGCUUGUGGGGGUUUGUGUGGAUUGGGGAGGGGGAGGGAAAUGUGUGGGCGAGGCUCGUGGUUGCGAGGAUGGGAUUUGCGGUUGGAGGGGCGGCGACGUGA